AUGGGUACCGUUAGCAAUCCCUAGUAGGGCAUGGAAUUUUAGAAUUCUGUUUAAGACGAUCUUACUGAAAAAGAUACCGGCACCAAGCCACAUGCCUUUUCUGUGUCUGGCCUUGUUUCCGUUCUGUGGAUACGGUCCCCCUCAAUAUAGCUUCAUUGGUUACUGUCAUUGCAUUGCCCACCAUGGACCUGCUUGCUGUCAAUGUUAACGACAUGAGCAUUAUGAAUGGCCUUGUGGGCAUCAUCAUUGUUACAAACUCGAGUCGAGGUCAUCAUUUCGUCUACAAAUACCCACCCGAGGUGCAGUCGAGCUCCAAUACCACCGACUCGUCGCGCCGUGAGCAGGGGACGAUGGGAAAGACAUCCACAGGCGACUUUCAAGUGGCAUCCAAGGUACUCGGAUACGACAUUCAGUUCCUUGCCAAUCUGCUUUCACCUAGGCAAGCUCUUUGUGAUAAACGGUUCCAAUUGACUGUGGACGAUUUGACAUUUAUUGGACACCCAGUCUCCCUCACUGGGCCGGAGUUCCGGGAAAGGCGCGACUAUUGGAAAUGGAAAGCCUCUCGUUCGCCAAAACAUCGCGUGAAACGAGGAUGGGUUGUUGGCGGAGCAGCACCACUUAUAGAUGAUUCUGAUUCUGAUUCUGAUGGAUAUGAAUGGGAUUCACACGACGAUUCAGACUCUCACCGAGGAUCGGUUAGUGGCAAGAGCACAAAGGAGUUGAUCAGACGCGGUUCCAAGGAAGAAUCGGAUAUCCCAAUGCUCACAGCUACUAGGUCGUUCACAGAUCCUGUAGGAUGGCGACAACAACGAUUCAGGAGUCAGACCUAUGCAUCAAACCCUGUAUCACCAGCACCGAGCGAUAGUCCAGUUUCAGGGCAAACUCCAGGACAGCAGACACUCUCCAUAGCCCACCAGUUCGGUUUUGGGUCUUCUCUAUUGCAUCACCCUGUCUCCAUGCCACAGACACCAACAGGUGGAAUCUAUGGGAACUUUGGAUCCCAACUUGGAAUUCCCCCACCUAUCCAAAUCACCCAGGGUUCGGCCUCAAGUCUGUUUCCACAAAUUAUAUCGACACCUUCAACGCAUAUUCAACAAAUGUCAUUUUUCCAUGUUGUUUUUGUACUCAAACCAACAGAACUGCAGCUUAACUGUGUAGCAGAUCGAGUCUACAAAAACAUCGCCUGUAAACUGACGGCGGCUUUGCGAUAUGAGGAAUUGAACGGCCAGUAUGUUAGUCUCGAGGCAUCAAAAAUCUUGAGUAUCAGAGAAGAGGCAGCUCAAGCAGGAUUAAGUCUUGAGAGUUUUCAUGAGCAAGUUCUAGAAGAAUCUUCAUUGGCUCGAGCUGUUCGAUCUAUUUACGACUGUAUAGUUGCAGAUAAAAUGUGUCAUGUGGUCUUGAACGACUCUAUCGACGUUUCACUACAGAUACCUCAUCUAGAGCCUUCGCCUCGGAGCAGUUCUUAUGUCACUCGACGGAUUCAAAACAACUUGACAAAUGAUAGCCCUACGGGCAACGGUUCUAAUGGUCAUAUCAACUCAUACCAUAGCGGAAAGAAUCCUGGAUCUCAACACGCGUUGAUGACACCGAUGGUUGCGCCAUACGGAAGCGGCAUUAGUAGUUUAGGGUUUAUAAUGGAUGAUUAUGAAAGAGGGACCGCAUAUGAAUACGAAAACUUCCCAGUCUUGUUACCUUACCACACUCUGUUGCUGCUCGAAGAUCCCGAAGAGAUCCUCAAGGACAUUCCUCUUGAUGCCAAUCCGACGCUUGUCAAGCUCGUACAGAUCCUUGUUCCAUAUCAAUGCCUUGAUGAACUACAAUAUAUACUGGAUUGCUCAAUGGCGCAAAUUUAUAGAUUGGCUUCACACUUGAUUUACUGGAGGAAAGCCAAGCUGAUCGACCAGAUUCGAGUUACUAAUGUCUACGUUGUAGCACCGCAGGCCGGCAUCAACGAAGCACUCGUUACGGACUUUUCACAACACUAUCCGACAGUCUCUCUUCCUAAUAUCCUUCAUGAACUCUCCACACCCAAAGCUUAUAAAGCUCAUAUACCCGGAGCAGGUAAAGACAAGGAAGUCCAAACAACUUACCUUGAUGUUUUGACCUAUUUGCUCCGUAAGGACCUAAUAGUGCAAUUACACACAUACAUUUUAAUCAUCGUUCCUGAAUACAUCAAGCUUGGAUGCACCGCAGCAGAAUAUGAGCAUAUGAUGAAUGAAGACAACAGCGGUGCUCUUACUCCAACUCUUGAAUCACCCACUGUGGCCAUGGCCGUACAAGCAGGAAGUGCCAAGUCUGCAGAUUUUGUACACUCAUCCAUGAUACAGCAUCAUCAACAACAACAGCAGCAUCAGCAGCAUCAGCAGAUGUUUCAGAAACAACAGACAAUGCCCUCUCAAACGUACCGAUACCAUAAUCGAUCUUCUACAGGCCCAGGAGCACAUGGACAACAGCCAGGUGCUGGAGUCAGCUCUAGUUUUAAAUCCAAUAUGAGCAUACCAUACGGGAAGCUGAUGGGUAAAAAGCAGGAUGCGAGCUCGAUCUUACCAAAUCCGGGACAAGCCUCAGAAAUGGAGCGGGAGUGGGUCCUCCGGAUGUGUGAGAAUCAACCGCAGAGUGUUACUGAGUUAUUUAUGAGGUUGAUCCACUAUUUUGACGGACAGCAUCAUGUCGAAGAAAUUUUAUUCCGCGAGCAAAUCAUGGCUAAAGACCUAAAGACAGUUUUGACGGCGUUUCGCGAGUUUUUGAUUUUGACGUGGGCAUAGAUUAUAGAUUGACUGGG